UUACUCAUGUACACACAAAAUUACAUUUUUUCAUUCCUAACCACAAUAACACCUAUAUAUAGCAUAAGCAAUUGAAAAAGAGAGGUAGAGAAAAGAUGGAGUUUGUAACUUUAUCAGAAGUUCUUGAUGUACUCACUUCAAUAAUAUUUGCUAUAUGUCUUUGCUUGCUCACAACACUAACAAUUUUUUGGUGGAUUUUACCUAAUCAAAAAUUUCAAAACCUUAGAAGAUGUGGAUUUGAUGGGCCAACCCCAAGUUUUCCACUUGGAAACAUCAAAGAGAUGAAAAGGAAUAAAAGCCUUAAAUCUUCUUUUUCUUCUUCAUGUGAGUCCAUGGCCUUAGAUAUUACCCAUGACAUCCACUCUACCAUUUCUCCUUAUUAUUCUUCUUGGCAAAAAUCUUACGGGAAAGUUUUCAUAUAUUGGUUGGGGACAGAGCCAUUUUUAUACAUUACAGACCCUGAAUUCUUGAAGAAAAUGUCCACAAAGGUUUUGGCCAAGACAUGGGGAAAACCUAGUGUGUUUAGAAAAGACAGGGAUCCCAUGUUUGGAAAUGGUUUGGUCAUGGCUGAAGGCAACAAGUGGGUACAUCAUCGACAUAUUAUAGCCCCAGCAUUUUCUCCACUUAAUCUUAAGAGAAUGGCAAUAAUGAUGGUUGAUUCCACGAAGAAAAUGAUAGAAAGUUGGAUUUCCCAAAUAAACUCUGGCCACUUCGAAAUCGAUGUUGAAAGAGAGAUCGUAACCACUGCUGGAGAGAUCAUAGCAAGAGCAAGCUUUGGAAUGGGAGAUGAAAAUGGAAAGAAAGUGUUUGAUCAACUAAAAACUUUGCAAAUGACCCUUUUUAAGACCAAUAGAUAUGUGGGUGUCCCAUUUGAGAAAAUUUUCAAUAUCAAGAAAACACUAGAGACCAGGAAACUUGGUGAAGAAAUUAACAAGCUCAUGUUUUCCAUCAUAGAAGCUAGAAUGAAUUCAAAUGAUAAGAUACAACAUCAACAAGAUUUGUUAGGUCAUUUGUUAAAAGAAAAUAAUGGGACUUAUGGACAGUUGAACAAGGCAUUAACAAAGAAGGAAUUGGUUGAUGAGUGCAAGACAUUUUUCUUUGGUGGAUAUGAGACCACAUCACUUUCAAUCACAUGGACUUUGCUGCUUCUAGCUUUGCAUGAAGAUUGGCAAAACCAAUUGAGAGAUGAAAUUAAAGAAGUUGUUGGCAAGGAAGAACUUGAUAUCAAUUUUCUUGCUGAUUUAAAGAAGAUGAAAUGGGUGAGGAGUGAAGCACUUAGACUCUACCCACCAUCUCCAAAUGUGCAAAGGCAAGCUAAGGAGGAUAUUCGAGUAGAUAAUAUAAAGGUGCCUAAAGGGACCAACAUUUGGAUUGACGUUGUAGCAAUGCACCAUGACAUGACAUUAUGGGGGAAUGAUGCAAACAAGUUUAAACCAGAGAGGUUCAUGAAUGAUGCCAAUGGGGAAUGCCACCACACAAUGGGGUACUUGCCUUUUGGUUUUGGAGGGAGAGCAUGUAUUGGUAGGAACUUGAUCUUCAUGGAGUAUAACAUAGUGUUAACCCUACUUCUUACUAAGUUUAAGUUUAAACUCUCCCCUAGUUAUCAUCAUUCUCCUACUAUCAUGUUGUCUCUAAGACCCACUUAUGGAAUUCCUCUCAUAGUUCAACCAUUGUAGAACGUUAUAUUUUAUCAAAUAAGUAAAUGUAUCCCUCCUCUC